UUCACUUAAUUUCUUGCUACCUAUUUAUAUUAAUUUAUUUUCUUUUAAAUUUAAGUGUAAUAAAUAUUAGUUAUCUUUGCUUAUUAUUUAUGAGUAUUAACUAAAUUAAUAUUAAGUGUUAACAGUUAGUAUCGCUUUCGUGAUGAAAAUCACUCAGGUGCUGUACAAACAAAACAUAGGUCGUCUCAUUAAGUGGCAAUGGCGUGUUCAGCGAAAGAAGACAUUAAUUGAAACAAAUGCCGAAAAAGUUCUUGCAUCUCGAAGUAUACCUAUCAUAGACGCCAAACAGUUUUUACACGAACCAUUGUUUGAGGCACAAAAACAAGAUGUUGAAGAGAUAUUUAACAAUAUUGUUGGACCCGUGAAAUUGGAACAGAAACUAAACAACACACAUCCAUUAUGGAAUGAUGAUCCAUGUCUUGUGUAUGGUGAUCAUAACGUUUUAGUUCAUGGACUGGAACAAGCUAAAGUUUUUACUAAUGCUAUAGAACCUGAACCUGGCUUACCGAAGUACUUUAAAGAACUUUACGAAGCAUAUAGAUUACCUAAUCAAGAUGAACACAUCCAACGAAUCAUCAUAGCAUCAAUUCUAUAUGAUGCAGUCCAAGAGAAAUUACCUAUUAGAAAAGAUCCAAAAAGACCGGCAUGGAAAUUUCCUAGGGACUAUGGUAUCCCAGACAAAAGACGUAAUAAUCUAAUUAUCAGUAGGAUGUUGCAAUUAUGUGAAUCAAGUGUUGGAAAUAUGAGUUCCAAUAAAGUAAUUGCUAAAGAUGUUUUUUUUAAAGUGCCUUUGCAAAGAAAUGCAAAUAUAAGCCUUAAUUUAAGGGCUGAUUUAUUGUUAUUAUCCGACACUUCUUUAGCUGCUCACAUGGAUGACGUUCAAGGAGAACUUCCAGAUUUAUAUCCAUUGGAUUACAAGAUAUCAUUAGAUGAAAUCAACAUUUAUAAUAAAGAUGAGUUUAUUUCACCUAUUACAGGUAAAUUUAACAACAUUCAUACAGCAUUUAUACAUUAUAAUGAGACAGAGGUUAAGAAUUUAUACGAAACACCUGUGUUGCAAACACAAAUAAUUGGACGAUCAUUGAUGAAAUGUUAUGCUUUUGCUGUUGCCAAUGCCAAAUCUAAAUACGGUGAAGAUGUUAAAGAGUUACCAGAACCUAUUACAUUACAAUGUGUACAUACAAAUUCUCAAUGGUUUCAUUUUUCUAUUUUCCAAUUAAAUAGUUUGGCUGGUCCUGAAGAAAAUGGGAUAAAAAACAUUUAUUGGCAAACACCAUUGUUAAACUUAUAUAAAAAUUGUUUAUUUGAUGAAGGUGUUCCAGUUCUAGAAGAUUACAACCCAGAAGUAUUCAAACACUUUUUGUCUUUUUAUAUGAAUGGUACUGAAUAUGAGAUCAAGUAGUUUUGUAUUAGUUUUAUAAAUAAUUUUCAUACAAUAAAUUAACUAGUUUAUUGAAAGUGUA